CGGGGGUUCAGAACUUUCUUCUACGUACAAGUAAUUCUGACAAAUCGGGUUAUGGGACACAAGGUAAGGUAUUCUACGAAACCACAAGUAAUCGAGCUGAGUCAAUGUUUACAAGAAUGAGACUUUUGGCGCGUUGUUGGUCAAAGCGCCCUGUCUUAGAUGCAGGAUAAUCCAGGAUGGAGGGGUGAACUUUGCCAGCUCCGUGCGGAUCGUCAUUCAAUUCAAUGCGAGAAGUCAUCUGGAAACGGGAGCAUCACAUCGUCCAGCCAGGCGAGAACAUUAGAAUCUCCCUGCCCAGUGCAUAUAUAUAGCAGAGGUCAAAGCGAUGAACAGGCCGGAUCGCCCGGAGAUUUAGCCUGCUCCGUACAGUGAGCUCACCGUGGAGUCGCCGAAUUGGCUGGCCGGUGGAGUGUUGAACGUCUUUCCUGGGCUUCCUUGGUCUUGAGCGGCCAAGCUGAAGUCAAGGUGUGGCCUGCCGCCUGAGCCAGGAACCACCUCUGUCAAUGAUCGGAUCCGGAACAAUAUCGAAUGACAGCACGCACGGGCCGCGGAAACAUGCCAUCCUAUUCAAUCCAGUUCAGCUUCAAGGAACUCUUGCCUGCAGCCUUUCCUCGGCUGCGCGACCUCUCCUACGCUCUCUAGCCGGUUCACGGCCGAAUACCGGGGAGGGGAUGGAUGAUCGACGCCCGGAGCGCCCAAAGUCACGACGGGACUUUGUUAACACCGCUCGGACAGCUUGGCUCUCCCACAUAUCACAGCCAAGACAGUUCGCUUGCGAAUUACCUCCAGACCUGGCUGCCCGGUGCUAACAGUCCUUUACUUAACCAAUCCUCACUUCAUCUUUCUACUUUCCCGGACUCGCUCCCUUCUUCAUCCUCUUCUGCCUCUUCUUGACCUCCGUUCGCCUCUGCAUUCUUUCCGUGCAAGAAAGCUUGGACGACGCCCCUGCCACCACGACCGGAUCAGAGCCUAAUACACCGGCCGUCCCCACCCCCAAGAAGCUUGGAGCACAACGCACAACGCAUAACGCAUAACACACGAUGUCCGAGAGCACGCUGCGGCGCACAUCACACGGGCGGCCGGCCGAUGAGGAGCUGGGGCUGGAGCUGCAGACGAGUGGAUCGAACGAGAAGCCCCCGAAACCGCUUUCCCGGACGCACAGCAGGAUGGGCCAGCGCUUCUUCCGCAAGGGCAAGACCAAGGUCGGCGUAGUCGACUCGCUCAAGGCGCUCGUGUUCUCGUCGUGGCUGAAUAUUCUGCUCCUCUUCAUCCCCAUCGCGUGGGUCGCACACUUUGCCAAUAAGCACGAUUCGCCGCCGGAGAAGACCUUCCCGUUCUCGGUCACAUUUGUGUUUUGUUUCCUGGCUAUCAUUCCCUUGGAGAAACUAUUCGAAUAUGGUGGUGAACAAAUGGCUUUCUACGUGGGACCCGAUCUCGGCGAAUUGCUAGUGGUCACGUUGAACAAUGUCGUUGAAGGAACCCUCGCCAUAAUUCUGCUCAAGAAAUGCGAGCUCAAAUUGCUGCAAUCAACAAUUAUUGGGGUUGUUCUGCUCCACCUCUUGCUUAUUCCUGGAGUGGCGUUCGUUACCGGCGGUGCCCGGAUCAUCGAACAAGAUCUGCACCCGCAUCUCACUCAGCUCAACCAGACACUGCUCACGAUCGGUGUCAUGGCCUUGCUACUCCCGGCCGCGUUCUUCGCCGCGCUAGACCAAGGCAUCAUUUCGGGCGCACCGGCAGAUGCUGCCACGCAAGGGCGUUCAAACUUCACCGACGGGUUUCUUAUCGAGAAGAACCGAGUUAUCUUCCUGCAGAUGAGCCGAGGGAUCGCCAUUCUUCUCCUCCUUGUGUGAGUCUUGGACAUCUGACGCUAGCCUCCAUACGAAGCUGAGCCGUGGCAGUUAUGUCUGCUCGAGAAUCUUCCUAUACAAUCCUCCCGGAGAACACAUGGAAUUGGCUGAACACAGGCUCGCUCCCGAGGCUCUCAAAGACAAGGCGGCCGAAUUCGAGCAACUGGAUCCGGAAGUCAGUCAGUGGGUCUGUAUUGCCAUGCUAGCGGUCACCAUCGGCAUCAUGGCUGCGACCGCAGAAUGGGUAUUUGACUAAUCGUUCUGCUCGACUGGCUAAUCUGAUCUCAGCCCGCAGCUUGUUGAUAGCAUCGACUUCAUUGGACACGGGCAUUCCAUACAAAGAGAGUAAGUGCCAGCUAGUACCGGAUGUAUCAUUUCGCCUGCUGAGAGUGCACAGAUGGUUUGGCCUGAUUCUCCUUCCGUUGGUCUCGUUUUCGGGAGAUGGAUUCCUGGCCAUCCUGUUCUUCGUCCGAAGCUGGAUCCGGCAUCUCCGUGGGAUGCCAUCGCCUCCGGUACGAGCCGUAUGAUCUGUUGCGAGUCCCAGUGAUUCUCAGUGUGGCGCAGGGAACGUUGGCCAGUGCUCGUCCGAUCGAUCUCAGUAUCCAAUUCAUCUUGUUUUGGAUGCCGUUCAUUGUUCUUCUGGGAUGGUGGACGGGCCGGCCCUUAUUCUUGCUGUUCG